GUAUUCGUUACCAGGACGACAAGAAAUGACAAAACUCUACGGCUCAUUUCUUUGCAGCUGCAUUGUGGGAGCAUCGAAAGUCCAGAGAGAUUCAACUGUCACCUGAAUGAACGGCAACACAUUUUGUGCAGUACAACUUAAAAAGUUUUUUUAAGUCAAUAUAUGGAGUAAAAGACGAACCUGCUCUGUCUCGACCGACACUGACUGGUUGAACAGGAAGCAAGGCGAGUUUGAUGCUGCGGCUCUGCUCUGGCUACCGACCGUUUUAACAGCUGUUUCCCGGAUUUUGAAGACUGCUGGGGGGAUAAUCACAGAGUAUGGUGGUGCUUUCUGUGUGAGCAAGACCAACCAAGUGUCAAAGAAAAUGAGCAAAAAAUAUGAAUCGGCAAGCGUGUCUGAGGUGGAGGAACACAUUUCCCUCAAGUAUGAAAUGAAGAAGAGACUUGGAAAAGGGGCGUAUGGCAUUGUGUGGAAAGCUGUGGACAGACAGACAGGUGAGAUUGUGGCUGUGAAGAAGAUCUUUGAUGCCUUCAGGAACAGGACAGAUGCCCAGCGGACUUUCAGGGAAAUCAUGUUCCUCCAGGAGUUUGGAGAUCAUCCCAACAUCAUCAAACUCUUAAAUGUCAUCAGAGCCCAGAAUGACAAAGACAUUUACCUCAUCUUUGAAUAUAUGGAUACCGACCUGCAUGCUGUGAUAAAGAAAGGCACCCUGCUGAAAGACAUCCACAAACGUUAUGUGAUGUACCAGCUGCUCAAAGCCAUCAAAUACCUGCAUUCAGGGAAUGUUAUCCACAGGGACCAAAAGCCAUCCAACGUGUUGCUGGACACUGACUGUGUAGUCAAGCUGUGUGAUUUUGGCUUGGCCAGAUCACUCAACCAGAUCCAAGAAGACAGUGGAAACCCAGCACUGACGGAGUACGUGGCGACUCGGUGGUACAGAGCUCCUGAGAUCCUGCUGGGAUCCACAAGGUACACUAAAGGUGUGGACAUGUGGAGUCUUGGCUGUAUCCUGGGAGAAAUGCUGCUGGGAAAAGCCCUGUUUCCCGGGACUUCCACCAUCAACCAAAUAGAAAAGAUCAUGAGCGCCAUUCCACACCCAAGCCCAGAGGAUAUUCUGGCAGUCAAGUCUGAAUAUGGAUCCUCUGUCAUUCAGAGAAUGUUGCUGAAACCACAGGUGCCUUUGGAGGAUCUUUUGCAGCCAUCUGUGCCUCCUGAUGCUCUGGACCUGUUGAGAGGUUUGCUAGUUUUCAACCCAGACAAGCGACUGACUGCUGAGCAAGCACUUCAACACCCAUAUGUAGCCAGGUUUCAUAGUCCAGCCAAGGAGCCAGCUCUUAACUAUGAUGUAGUGCUGCCAGUGGAUGAUGAUGUACAAUUAUCUGUAGUUCAGUACCGCAACAAACUUUAUGAGAUGAUGCUGGAGAGGAGGACUAAUCAGGGGAUGCUAAGGCUGAUCCAGCCAAAGGAUGGAGACAGUGUCACUCGUGGAGGGAAACCCAGUGUUAUAGAUAAAGUAGAGAACGGCUCAGUGGCAGCCAAUGGCGGUGGGGACGGUGGCCAUAAGGAGAAAACAGAACAUGAAAAGACUGAUGAGACAAACUACACACCUUUACAUUCAGGCACCACCAAACCUGGGACUAUAAAUGUGUCAACCCUGCCUGCUGUGGAGAAGAGUCCAUUAGCUAGUCCUGGCCUGGGAAAACUGACAUAUAACCCCAUCACACAUCUCCCAAAUGGUUUUAUUCCAGCUGGUCCUCAUUAUUACCACUCCACUGCAGCCAGCAGAAGACAGGUGGAACAGACCGGUAAUGGAAAUGCAACAGCAUCACCAACAGAGGGCGCCAGUGCAAAUGUAUCCGUGGACCAGAUUCUCCAGCGUGGUCGCUCAGCCCCUGUUUCCCAUAACCGCUCCUUCUCCUUGACCCUAAAUCAAACCCAGAACAACCUGUUGAUUCGCAAAGAUGAGUCACCCCUGUCCUCUGGACUACACGUUACAUCUGCACGCUUGAACCAGCGUUCAAAUUCUCAGGUUCGUGAGGCUCGGCCACAGCCACGGUUCAGCAAGAAAGUGUUUCAGAGUAACUGUAAUGUGGCAGCUGCAGGCGACCCUCGAGCCAAACUGGGCAGCUACUCCCAGGCCUACGGUACCAUCAACAAGAGUGAUCUGGACAAUCUUCUCCGCAGUCGUCCUUGCAACCAGUAACUGCUGCCGUGUUAGUGGUUACGUCAGGACUGGGUGGUGCGUGUGUUCAAACACACAACGAAGUUUGCCUUGUACAAGGAAGUUGGGCACACGGCAAACUGAAAGAUAAAUUGUAAAAAAACAAAAAAAAGAGAGAACUAGUUAGGUCAGACACCUCCUGUAUACUGUGUAGAUUGUACCUAUUGUCUGUGACAAUGAAUACAUAUUUGUAAUACAAUUUGAUUUGUUAAAUCUG